AUGGCGAACGUGACGGACGCCGCGUUUCGCCGCCUCAUCAGCGAGAUCGCCAAGCCGUCAGUCAUGUGGACCGAGUUUGUCAGCUGCGAGGCGCUGACGCACGACCCGGACUCGCGCCGCCGCAUGAUGACCACACUUAAGUACGCGGAGGUGGAGCGGCCUGUGGUGGCGCAGCUCUUCGGCUCCAAGCCGGAACAGUUCUACGAGUCCGCCAUGAUCGUGCGCGACUUGGGCUUUGACGGCAUCGACAUCAACAUGGGCUGCCCCGAGAACAAUGUGAACAACCAGGGCAGCGGCGCUGCGUUGAUUCUGCAGCCGGACUUAGCAGUUGACAUUGUGGCUGCGUGCAAACGCGGUGCUGGGGACCUGCCGGUGUCCGUCAAGACACGGAUUGGCUUCCACCACAUCGACUACAAGGACUGGGUGCUGAGGCUGUUGGGGACUGAGCCGGAGGUGCUUACUAUCCAUGGGCGAACGCGCGACGAGAUGUCCAAAGUUCCAGCACACUGGGACGUCAUUGGCGAGGUAGUGACGCUGGCGAAAUCGGCGGGAUCCCCAGCGCUUAUCCUCGGCAAUGGCGACGUUGAAAGCCUU